CCAGACAGUGUUAAAGGCGGUUAGUCGUUUGAACGGAUUAAAAUAAGAUAUUUUUUUUAUAGACAGUGACUAUACAAGAUUUUAACUAAAAUGUCUAAUAAAUUGAUUUUCGUUGGAGAUAUAAUAUUGCCAAGUUUAUCAAACCUAAAAUGCAUAAGUGCAUAUUUAAUAGUCGAGAAUGGAGUGAUAACUGAAAGAGGUCCGAAGGAUUAUUUCUUUAAAAACCAGGAAAAUUUUAUUAAAAGGGGCUAUACAAUUAAAAUACUAGAACCUCAUCAAUUUUUAAUGCCAGGAUUUGUAGACUGCCACACACACGCACCACAGUUUCCUAAUAUUGGUCUCGGUCUUGAUCGCCCUUUACUUGAAUGGCUCGAUAAAUGUACAUUCCCUCUAGAAUGUGAAUAUCGUAAUGAGGAAUUUGCUGCCAAUGUUUAUUCUAAAGUUGUAAAAAGGUUGAUCAACAAUGGCACCACAACUGCCUGCUACUUUGGAACUCUCCACUUAGAAGGCACAUUGGAACUUGUAAAGUGUGCAGUGAAACAGAACCAGAGAGCCUUCAUAGGCAAAGUUAGUAUGAACACCAAGAAUGAUGCAGGAUAUUACAAUGACACUAAAACAGAGUUGAGAGAAGUCAAAACAUUUGUUGAAAAAGUAUUAGAGUAUAAGAAUGAUUUAGUUAAUCCAGUAAUCACUCCAAGAUUUGCAAUCAGCUGUGAUAAUGAUCUAAUGAAGAAACUAUCAGUAAUAGCAAAAGAAAAUUCAUGUCUAAUGCAGAGUCACAUAUCAGAGAAUAAAAAGGAGAUAAAGUAUGUGCUGAAUAAUAAUCCAGAAUGUAAGACAUAUUCUGAAGUUUAUGAACGUUGCGGCCUUUUUGACAAUAAGUGCAUCAUGGCUCACGGGGUGCAUCUGAGCGAGGAGGAGAUUGAUAUGUUCGCACGUGAGGGUGCAUCUAUUGCGCACUGUCCGGCCUCCAACACCAGACUCAAGUCGGGCCUCUGUCCCGUAAGGAAGUUAAUCAAUCGCGAGGUCAAAGUUGGUCUCGGAACUGAUGUAUCAGGAGGUGAUAAUGCGAGCAUAUUAGACGCGUUGCGACGCGCUAUGGACGUAUCCGAACAUCUGAACCUGAUGGGCGGCAAGGAGUCCGCCCUAAAUUGGAGGGAGGCCCUAUAUCUUGCCACGCUCGGUGGAGCUAGGGCUCUAUUCAUAGAUGAUAAAAUCGGACGUCUCGAAGUUAAUCAGGAAUUUGACGCGUUACUCAUAGAUUUGUACUCGAAGGAGAGCCCUAUUGAUAAAUAUGCAUACUCUGUGGCACACGGCGAGGAAGAAGAAAUUCUAGAACGAGUCGAGAGGUUUGUCUACUUGGGCGACGAUAGAAACAUUGUACAAGUUUAUGUUAAGGGUAGAAAAGUUAAAGAUAUUUUAUAAAUAAUUAAAUAUUAUAUUUACAAUAAUAAAAUACAAUAAAAUGUUAUUAUAUAAUAAUAGAGCGCAGCCUAUCGGCGGAUUUUUUUAAAAAUAUUUUCUUAUUAUUAAUUGUAACAUUUUUGAUAUACAAUAAAUGAAUAUUUACAAUUAUAAUUAAAAACAAAUGAUAAUGACAACAAUAUGGCAAGAAAAGGAAUGUUUGAGUAAUAAAGUAUAUUAUAGUUUUGUAAUGGUGUGAUCGUUUAUUAUUGAAUGCAGUGUUCCCAGUGAGUUUUUUUACUUAUUCGAUAGCGUUGACGUUUACUGCUAUUUCUAUUUUUCUCACUAGAUGGCGCUGUUUUCAAUCCAUAAAAUCAAUAAAAAACCUGGCACUGGGCACACAACUCGAAUAUCUAUCGAACUGAUACUAAAAUUGGACCAUUUUUAAUUAACUCAUCAAGUGAUAGUUUUAUAUUUGAACGUUUAAUUAUUACUCUAAAUAGAUUUAAUUUAUCAUUGUAUUGUUACAUUAAGAAGAAGUCACGAGCUCCUUGAACUAGUGUUAUACAAAAGAGUUACUGACUCUGCAGUCGAGUAAGGGUCCUGAAUAAGUUGUUGUUUUUAUGAGUAUCAUAUCAUCACAUUUUCUCACAAAAUCAUUAAUAUUUCACACUUCAUCUGUCCACUCGUAAUGUUAUAAAUGAUAUAUGUUGUAUGGUUUAUAAAUGUGUAUAUGUAUCUUUGUGUAUGUAUUGUUUACAUUUAUAUAUAUGUAUGUACAAUGCACUCGCCUGUUAGGUCCUGCACGCAUCUUAAUGCAGGGUUGUCUGGAAGAGGUCACUACUUGAGUGAUAAGACCGCCCUUGCACGCAUCAUGUUGAGGUUCACAAUUUUAUUUAUAUAACAUGGCUUCUCUUGAACUUUUGGUUUUCUUUUUUUUUUUCAUUGUGAGUACAAUAAAGUUCUUUAAUAUUAAUAAUAAUAUUUUUCCGUACAUACAUAAGAUUCCAUAAUAUGUAUUGAGAAGCAACAGUUAAUAAUUAAAUUUCUGUCUUAGAGAUUCUUUACCUCCUAGGUGAUAGAUUGCGCGAAUAGCCCUCUUUUGCAGCACAAAUAUCGUAUUGAUUGCGGCAGCAAUGUAGCAAAUACUGUGAAAAUAACUAAAAUAAUAUAUCGUGUAUUUGUCCAACAGACAUUAUGAUUACUUAAAAUGCAUUGUAGUUUCAUUUUUUACUAUGUUUACUUAAUGUUAUGUUAAUAAUAAAUAUUUUUUAAAUCG